AUGUCCCAUCGUAACCAGCCCACGCGUGCCGUCGAUCGUCGCUUCAGCACCACAGCAUUCACUAUUCCCGGAUACACCAUCACCCAGAACCUUGGUGUUGUUCGAGGUCUAACCGUGCGUACGCCAAACGUUGGAAAAGCCAUCUUUGGUGCCUUUGCAUCCUUGGGAGGAGGUGAGAGCACUACAUACAUUGAGAUGGCCGAAAAGGCUCGCGAGACUGCGUUCAUUCGCUUGCUCGAGCACGCUGCAGCAGUCGGAGGAAAUGGUAACCAAGACGACAGUCGCUCAGAAGUUCUAGUUGCUGAUCUUUCCAGGAGAUAUUCAUUGAACAAUCUCGAUUUGCUCCUCCGGUAUCAUUUAGCUGUCAUUGGAGUCCAGUUCACCGGUCAAGAAGUUGCCGAUGAUAUGACAGAAGUUAUGGCCUACGGAACCGCGGUGACACUGGCGCCCGCUCAGGGCCUGCCGCAACAAGUCGCCCUGCCGCAGGUAGAGGCCCAACCGCCUUACUCGCCACAGCACUCUUACAAGAACUAG